GCCUGGGUGGACAGGGGGAGGCGCGGGGCCCCAGUGCGCGUGCGCGAGUGGCGCCCCUCGUCCCGUCCCCGCCCGCCGCAGGCUCAGCGGGGAGCCGCGCCGCGGGAGCGUCAGGCGCAGAAUUCUGGCCUCGCUCUAUGCUCUUUGCUGGCUCUGAAAUGUUAGGGGCAGCCCGCCACCCUGUGUUUCAGGAGGCACAUCCCAUCUGGGGCCAGACUGCGAAGAGGCCGCGGCUCCGCGGUCUGCGGCCAGUCCCGCGAGAGAUGGCCCCGGCGGCGUCCCCGCUGCUGCUGCUGGCGCUGCUGGCGCUGCCCGGUCUCCCGCCCCGCGCCGCCGGCUGCCCGGCUGCCUGCCGCUGCUACAGCGCCACGGUGGAGUGCGGCGCGCUGCGGCUGCGCGUCGUCCCGCCCGGAAUCCCUCCUGGGACGCAGACGCUUUUCCUGCAAGACAACACCAUCGCACACCUAGAGCCCGGCGUCCUGUCGCCCCUCGCCACCCUGCGCCGUCUCUACCUGCACAACAACAGCCUACGUGCCCUGGAGUCAGGCACCUUCCACGCGCAGUCGCGUCUACUCGAGUUGGCGCUCACUGGCAACAGGCUGCGGGGCCUGCGUGUCGGCGCUUUUGCCGGCCUGGCCCAGCUGCGUGCCCUCUACUUGGCUGGCAACCAGCUGGUGCGGCUGCUGGAUUUCACCUUCCUGCACCUGCCGCGACUGCAGGAGCUGCACCUUCAGGAGAACAGCAUUGAGCUGCUGGAGGACCAUGCCCUGGCUGGGCUUUCCUCACUAGCACUGCUGGACCUCAGCAGGAACCAGCUGGGUACCAUCAGCCAUGAGGCCCUGCAGCCUCUGGCCAGCCUGCAGGUCCUGCACCUCACAGAGAACCCGUGGCGUUGCGACUGUGCCCUGCACUGGCUGGGAGCCUGGAUCAAGGAGAGGGGCCAGCGGCUGCUCAGCUCUAGGGACAGGAAGAUCACGUGUGCAGAGCCCCCGCGCUUGGCACUUCAGAGUCUCCUGGAUGUAUCUGGCAGUAGCCUCAUCUGCAUCCCGCCCUCCGUGCAUGUGGAGCCGCUGGAGAUGACAGCCAACCUGGGUGAGGACCUGCGGGUUGCCUGCCAGGCUUCCGGGUAUCCACAGCCCCUGGUGACUUGGAGAAAGAUGGCCCAGCCCCGCGAGAGGCAGCCGCUGGGCCAGGCCCGGCCAGAAGGCGGGUCACCAGGCCCGGGUGGGCAUGCGGCCUCCGACACGGGCAGCGGCAUGCUCUUCCUCACGAACAUCACCCUCGCCCACGCUGGCAAGUACGAGUGCGAGGCCUCCAACGCCGGCGGCGCCGCCCGCGUGCCCUUCCAGCUUCUGGUCAACCUGUCCCAACAGCAGCGGCUGCAGUCGGCGCCUCCGCCGGCCCCGGCCGCCGGCACUGUCAGCCACGAGAUCCUGCACGAAGCGGGCAGCAUGGCCUUCCGCGCCCUGGGCCUGGCCACGCAGACAGUCGUGGCGGCGGCCAUCGCGCUGCUGGCGCUCACGGCGCUGCUGCUGGCGGCCCUGAUCUGCCGCCGGCGGCGCAGGCGGAAAAAGUCGCCGGGGCCGCCGGGAGAGGGCGCGCUGUUCGUCAACGACUACUCGGACGGGCCCUGCACCUUCGCGCAGCUCGAGGAGCUUCGCGACGAGAGGGGCCACGAGAUGUUCGUCAUCGAUCGCUCCAAACCACUCUUCGCCGAGGGCCCGGUGGAGGUGGCCGAGGGCGGGGCGCCCGGGCUUGCGCAGGAGCUUCCGCUGCAGCCGCCCGCCGACUAUAAGAUCCGCGGCUGAGGGGCGGGGGCAAGGCGCGCGGCGCGAGCUGAUGACGUACGUCCCGUGGACUCGCCUCGCGCAUGCGCCGGCGCAACCAGUAAAGGGUGGAAGCUG